UUAACCUCCUCUUUUAGCUACUUUCUCUACUAAAAGACCGCCCAUUCCCCGCAGGGUGUGAUCUUUGAGAAGUGAGAAUAUCCUCAACUCCCAAAUCACCAUGGAAGAUUCGGAUAAAACUGUGGCGUUGAAGGUGGCGUAUGCGGAGAUGAUACUGAACACGGCAAAGGAAGCAGCGGCGAGAGUGAUGGUAUCGGAGAAAAGAGCGGCGUUGUUUCAGCACGAACUGAAUUGUUCCAAGGAGGAGUCGCUUCGUUUGCUUCUUCGCUUGAAACAGAUGAUCGACGCCAAGACAACUGAAGCCGAGAUAACAUCCUCCAAUCAGAAGAGAAAGAUUGAUGAGCUUGAAGCACAGCUCCAUGAAGCAGAGGAUAUCAUAAUAGAUCUUAGAGUGGAAUUAAAUUGUCUAAGGCAGAAGCUGGGGAGAGCAAAGAACACUCGAGUGCAGCCUUUAAGUGGACAAAUUACUAGUGAGGAUGCAUCUUCUUUAAAAAAUCCAACACCUGAGCCCAAUGUUCAAUCUCCUUUAAGUUCUGGAUAUGUGACUGUCACGGAUUCUGACAUGGGGAACAAAAUAUUGAAUCAAGCAUAUACUGACGAUAGAUGCUGCAAUGAAGCAAGCCAAAGAGAUCAAUCCAAUGUUUCUCAUGUUGAGAAUUAUUAUCCUCGUAACUCUGACUUGGCCACCAUACUUAUGACAAGCAAGAAGCCAGAGCUAAGCAGAAAUGGUUGUACACAGAGAAUAUGUGCUCUCGAAAGAAACUUGCUGGAUGAUAAGUUUACUCCUGGAGGUGUGGAUGGUCAGCAUUCCCUCUUGAGGAAAGAGUUUAUCAUGGAAUCAAGUGCUGGAGAUAAAAGAGAGUGUUUGCAAUCCUUUAUUAAAACAAAGAACGUGAAGACAAUGGUCUUUUCUGGAGAAGAAAGAAAGAACUCUGUCAAAGUUCGCACAUUAAGGAGGAGGAGAAAGACUCUGUUUCGUAGAAUCAAAGCAGUGUCACGCCGAUUCCGUCCUGGUCAGCACAUGAAACCUUGUCAAUCAUCUUCUGUUCUUUCCUAUUGCAGAACAUAUACAAUCAAUGGAGAUUUUAAACCUUAUGAAGGUUCUCGCACUGUAUCCUCUAUCAGGGUUGAUAAUACGGAUAGAUCAGAAAAUUCUAGGGAAUUAGAAGAAGAGUUGAAGCAUAACAGCAGCUAUUGUGAAGAUAUUGUGGCCACCUAUAAUGGAAAAGCGAAAAGUAGCAAUGAUAUUGCUACUUCAUUCCAGUCUCUUCCUGAUCAGCUCAUUGAGCCAUGUCAGUCGUCAACAGUUCUUAGCUGCUCUCAGACUUUGAGUUCAGUCUGCUGUAAUCUGAAAUCAAAUGAAGAUCAAUUGAAAAAAGCUGAAACUGAGACCAAGAUAAAACCAUUGGCCUGUUUGGAACCUGGGUUAACACUUAUUAAAUGUAAUUCGGAUCCCUUAUCAGGAUCAAAAAAUUUCACUGUAAGUGUCAGGGCACUUAAUAAAUCUAGAUUUUUCCCAAGAGCUGCAGACAAUGACAUCAAAUUGGCAGAUGAGUCUGUGUUGGUCAGGCAAGAAGGCAACUCUGGGGAGAUUUCAACUCUUUCACCUUCAGAAAUGAGCACCAAUAAGGUCAAUGUUUCCUUCAAGCAUUCCGACUUGAAAGAUGCCAAAGCAUCAAAUGUAACUUAUGAAUCUUCAACUAAGGUGGAGAACAUCAACGAUAGACUUCUUAAAUACACCUUCCAGAGGAAGCGCAAGAAGGAAUCCCUCAGUGACCUGGAUGAAAAGACUUCUAUUGGGAGCUGUUUGAAGAGGAGGGCUGAGGAGAAAGAAAAUAGUUUACAAGAAACUGCUAAGUCUAACUUGCUCAAUGAAUCUUCUAGAGGCAAUCAUCGACUGGCUCAGGUUCCUCAUCAGCUUAUUUCUGUGUCCAGCAAACCAUGGUGUUAAUGGAGGUGAAUUUUGCAUUAAUUAACCAAAAGAAAUGCUUGAAAGAUGAAAUGAGGGCCAUGGUUGGCUUGGUGGGUGAUUCUUGAGGAAUGCUUUUCCAAUGAAAAGGAGUAAAUUGCUACGUUUUAUUGAAAUAGAGAAAUCGAUUUAGUAAUCUUCACCAUUUAUACAACUCUUUUUUCUCAUUGUUACAUUUUUAUUACAUAUAUCCAUUGCUGUAGAACCUAACUUCUCUGGCAUCCUCGUCCAUUUUUUAUCUGAAAAAUAUUUCAAUAGAUUUUGUAACUGCCCAAUGGCUCUAA